AUGUCUACGGGGACAUUGCCAUUCCAGGAUACUCACCCAAUAGCCCUAAAAGUGAGGAAGGCAGAGUUGGAGGCAGCUCACAAGAACUUCAGAUGGCAUGUGUAUGCUGACGGUUUGCCUCAGACAGUUGAUGCUGAUUCACACCACAAUCUUCCUGAUGAAGUCCAGUUCUCAUACACAAAAUGUAUUGAGUUUUUCUCCACUGCAUUCCUUGAAUUACAUAUUCUGGGUUUACAUCGCUAUUCUGCUUCAAAAAAACAGUGGAGAAGCUUAAGCAAGCUGGAAAAAAUCAUGUCGAAAUCCUUCUCGCCCACCUACGAAUACGUCCAGAAGCACUGGAAAGAGGAUAAGUUCUUUGGCUACCAGUUCCUGAAUGGCCUCAACCCCAUGAUGAUCCAGCGCUGCUCAAAGCUGCUCAAGAACUUCCCUGUCACAGAGAACAUGGUCAAAGGCUCCCUGAGACAUGGCAGCUUGGAGAAGGAGAUGAAGAAAGGGAACAUCUUCCUGUGUGACUACAAGAUGCUGGAUGGGCUUGUGGGAAAUGUAGUCCAUGGCAGGCAGCAGUAUCUCACCGCUCCCCUGGUUCUGCUCUACUGCAACCCUCAGGGCAAGAUGCUGCCCAUCGCCAUACAGUUGGGGCAAACCCCUGGACCUGAGAACCCCAUCUUCCUGCCCACCGACUCCAAAUAUGACUGGCUGCUGGCUAAGAUCUUUGUGCGGGCCGCAGAGUUCAGUGUGCACGAGUCCGACAUUCACCUGCUGCGAACUCACCUGCUGGCUGAGGUGUUCACUAUGGCAACAUUACGGAACUUACCCUCCAUACACCCACUCUUCAAGCUCCUCUUUCCGCAUAUCCGGUACACACUCCACAUCAACCUCCUGGCCCGGAAUCAGCUGAUAUCCAAAACUGGGGCCAUUACCACGUAUUCAGGAAUGGGUGGAACAGCUUUGCGAAAGUUGCUGCGGCGUGCCACCUCGUCCCUGACCUACAGCUCCCUCUGUCUGCCUGAGAACAUCUCUGAGAGAGGCCUGGAGGACGUCCCCAACUGCUACUACAGAGAUGACGGCAUGAAACUGUGGAACAUCAUCCACCAGCAUGUCAAAGGAAUAUUGACACACUACUACAAGUCUGAUGACAAUGUCCAGAGGGACACCGAGCUUCAGGAGUGGAUCAGAGACAUUUUCGUAUGUGGGUUCUUGGGAAACGACAGCACAGGAAUACCAAAGUCUUUUGAUACAGUGGAAGAUCUCAUUAAGUUUGUCACCAUGGUGAUUUUCACUGGGUCUGCCCAGCAUGCGUCUGUCAAUAACGGACAGUUUGACUUUGGCGGUUGGAUGCCCAACUACCCUAGUGCCCUCAGAAAGCCCCCUCCCAAAAAGAAAGGCAAGACCACAGAGGACACCAUCAUGGAGACCCUGCCUGACAAAGGAACAACUGUGCACGUAAUGGCUGUCCUAAAGCUCCUAAGCAAUGCAUCUGUAGACCAUGAGGACCUGGAGAAGUUGUCAGCCCACAUUGAGAAGAGAAACGCUAAGCUUGAGCUGCCCUACAUUUUCCUGAACCCCAAGAAUGUGGACAACAGCAUUGCCAUCUGA